AUGAAUAAGAGACCUGACUCCCCCACACUCAGCUUUUCGUGGAUGAAGAGUGACCAGUCUAAAGAUGACCUCAUCACCUUCAGAUCGACACAGGGAGACACCCAUCCUAAUACCAGACCAAUCCAGAAUAAGAGACCUGACUCCCCCACACCCAGCUUUGGGUCGAUGAAGAGUGACCAGUCUAAAGAUGGCCUCAUCACCUUCAGAUCGACACAGGGAGACACCAGACCAAUCCCGAGUAAGAGACCAGCCUCCCCCACACUCAGCUGUGUGUCGAUGAAGAGUGACCAGUCUAAAGAUGACCUCCUCACCUUCAGAGAUGGCGGCAAUAUUGAUCUUAAACCCAGACCAAUCAUGAAUAAGAGACCUGACUCCCCCACACCCAGCUGUGUGUCGAUGAAGAGUGACCAGUCUAAAGAUGGCCUUAUCACCUUCAGAUCGACACAGGGAGACACCCAUCCUAAUACCAGACCAAUCCAGAAUAAGAGAACAGACUCCUCCACACCCAGCUGUGUGUCGAUGAAGAGUGACCAGUCUAAAGAUGACCUCCUCACCUUCAACGAGAGACAGGGAGACAACAGUCCGAAUGAGAGACCUGACUCCCCCACACCCAGCUUUUCGUCGAUGAAGAGUGACCAGUCUAAAGAGGAUCUUGUCACCUUCAGAGAUAUUGAUCUUCAAGUUAAACCCAGCACUCUACUACUGGACCAAACAACUCAUUCAUCCACAAGAAAAACAGCAACAGACGACUUAUCUGCUGUGUUUGAAAAGUUUGAGCAUAGGGCUAUCACUUUCAUGAAGAAUGAACUGAAGAGACUCAAGAAGCUCCUGAGCCCAGAUUACCCAGAAUCCCCUGGUGGUGAGGAUGAGGAGGAGGAAAAGGAGAGUGAAAAGGACCAGAUAGAUGCCAGAGACGGAGCCCUGAGGAUUGCAGUGCACUUCCUGAAGGACAUGAGUCAGGAGGUCCUCGCUCAGCAGCUGGAGGAAUAUGGGCUGUUUUCUAGAUGCCAACAAGAGCUCAAAAACAGGCUAUCUAAGAGGUUCCAAAGUGUGUUUGAAGGAAUUCCAACACAGGGGAACCCUGCAUCUCUGGAGAAGAUCUACACAGAGCUCUACAUCACAAAGAGGGAAUGUGUUGAGGUCAGUACUGAACAUGAGGUCAGGCAGAUAGAGAGGGCAUCCAAGACCCAAGUAACAAAGGGAGAGAGAGCCAUCAGCUACGAUGACGUCUUCAAGCCCUUACCUGGACAAGACAAACCCAUCAGAACGGUGCUGACUAAAGGAGUGGCUGGAGUUGGUAAAACAGUCUCUGUGCAGAAGUUCAUUCUGGACUGGACUGAACGACGAGCAAAUCAGAGCAUUCACUUCCUGCUCCCUAUGCCUUUUCGAGAGAUAAAUCUGAUCGAAGAGAAGAAAUACAACCUUAUGGAAUUCAUCCAUCACUUUUUCAAGGAAACAGGUGACUUCAUCUUCUCCUCUGAUCAAAGAUACAACAUUGCCUUCAUCUUUGAUGGUCUGGAGGAAAGCAGGCUUCCUCUGGAUUUCCAGCAUAAUGAAGGCAUCUACAGUGUAUCAAAACCUGCCUCUGUCGAUGUCCUUCUCACAAACCUCAUCAAGGGUAAUCUGCUCCCCUCUGCUCUUGUUUGGAUCACAUCCCGACCGGCAGCUACCAAUCAGAUCCCUUCUGAAUGCAUUGACCAGUUGACAGAAGUACGGGGUUUCACUGACUCACAGAAGGAGGAGUACUUCAAGAAGAGAAUCAGAGAAGAUAACACAGCCAACAGAAUCAUUGCACACCUGAAGUCAUCCAGGAGCCUCUACAUAAUGUGCAACAUCCCAAUCUUCUGUUGGAUUGCAGCCACUGUCCUGAAGUCAAUCCUGGUGGAAGCCAAAAAUGACGAGAUUCCAUCUUCCUUCACCCAGAUGUACAUACACUUCCUGAUCAUACAAGCCAAGCACAUCAGUCAGAAGUACAAAGAUAUCUGGAACCGUGAGACCAUUCUGUCCCUGGGGCGACUGGCUUUCCAGCAGUUGGAGAAGGGCAAUCUGAUCUUCUAUGAAAACGACCUGAGCGAGUGUGGCAUUGAUGCCAAAGAUGCCACAGUAUACACGGGGGUCUGCACCCAGAUCUGCAGAGAGGAGGCAGGGAUAUACCAGGGGAAGGUGUAUAGCUUUGUUCAUCUGAGCAUUCAGGAGUUCCUGGCCGCAUUAUAUGUGUUUCUCCAUUUCAUCAGGAGAGAGACGAGGUUGUCCAAGGAACCUGUUCAACACCAAACCUCUCCACUUAAGGCACUGCUCAAUGCUAACACACUCCAUGAGCUUCAUCAGACUGCAGUGGACCUGGCCUUGAAGAAUAAGAAUGGACACCUGGACCUUUUCUUGAGAUUUCUUCUGGGCCUCUCACUGGGAUCCAAUCAGAAACUCCUGCAAGACCUUCUGCCACAGACAGGAAGCAGCUCACUGAAGACAAGGGAAACAGUCCAGUAUAUCAAGGCGAAGAUUGGAAAAGCGCCAAACCCAGAUAGAUGCAUCAACCUGUUCCACUGCCUGAAUGAACUGAAUGACCACUUUCUAGUGGAUGAGGUCCAGGGGUACCUGCGACAUGGAAUUAAACCCAGGGUAGAAUUCUCUCUUUCCCAGCUGUCAGCGCUGGCCUUUGUGCUGCUCAUGUCUGAGCAGGAAGUGGAGGAGUUUAACCUGGGGGAUUAUGGGAAAAAUGGCAGAUCACAUGCAGGUCUCCUGAGGAUGAUGCCUGUGGUCAAAUCAUCCAGAACAGUAAAGUUGAGCAACUGUUUCCUGACACGGAAGAGCUGUUCAGCUUUAUCUUCAGUUUUCCGAUCAAGACCCUCUAGUCUGAUACAGCUGAACCUGACCUACAAUAGCCUGGGUGAUUUAGGAGCAGAGAUGCUUUCUUCUGGACUGGAGCAUCCAAACUGCAGACUGGAGACACUUGAGAUGCAAGAAUGUAACCUUGAUGAAGGGAGCUGUUCAUAUCUAGCGUCAGCUCUCAGACUUAACCCCUCCAGUCUGAAACAGCUGGACCUGACUUACAACGGUGUGGGAGACUCAGGAGUGGGGUUGCUUUCUUCGGGACUGCAGCAUCCAAACUGUAGACUGGAUACACUGACGCUGAAGGAUUGUAGCCUCACAUGGAGGAGCUGUUCAUCUCUAGCUGCAAUUUUCAGAUCAAGCGCUUCCAGUCUGAGACAGCUGAACCUGACUGAUAAUAACCUGGAAGAUCCAGGAGUACAGCUGCUGUCUGCUGGACUGGUGCAUCCAAACUGUAGGCUGGAGACACUCAAGUUACAGUGGUGUAAACUCACAGAGAGGAGUUGUGCAUCCCUAGCCUCAGCUCUCAAAUCAAACCCUUGCUGUCUGAGAGAGCUCGACCUGAGACAUAAUAAACUUCAUCAGUCUGGAGUGGAGCUGCUCACUGCUCUACAGAAGGACCCUGCAUACAAGCUGACUACACUACUAUGUUAG